CGCAGACUGUGUGAUUGACCUCAUUCUCUUUUGUUGUUGUAGCAGCUUCAGGUUCAAGAGGAAGCAUUUGUCAGAGUGCAUCAAAAUAUAUGGUUGGAGAUGAGCACUUCAUUGAGAAACAUCACAUUGAACUGAUUCAGAGAGUGAGAAAUGUGGGUGCCGUACUGGACCGUCUGCUGAAUAAGAAAAUCAUCAGCCAGGAGAUCUACAGUGAGAUCCUCAGGAAGCCCAACAGUAUGGCACAAAUGAGGGAGAUCCUGGGGCAUGGUAACAUUCAUGGCAGCCCAGAGGGCAAAGAUAUCCUGUAUGAAGCACUAGUGGAGGAGGAGUCUUUCCUCAUGGGGGACCUGGUUUGA